AUUAUCACUUCAUUCUUUCCCACGAGGUUCCAAAAUGGCGGCAGGCAGAACGGAGGGAGAAGGGCGGAAAAAUCGUGAUAGUGAAUCAACUAUGGACGACGAACAUGAAGUCCAGGAAGAGGAGCCACCUUUCAGUGACCCAGAAGACUUUGUUGAUGAUGUGACUGAUGAAGAGCUGUUGUCAGACAUUCUGCGUAAAAAGCCAAAACCCUCGGACAGUGUUGACUCCGUGAUCAUUGUGGAUUGCAUCCCUAAAGUUGGAAAAGAUCGUCUUGAGAAACUGAAAAAUGUCAUCAAGAAGCUGUUUUCGAAAUUUGGAAGUAUCGUGGAGAUGUAUUACCCAGUUGAUGAAGAAGGCACCACAAAAGGGUACAUGUUUCUGGAGUUCUCGUCCCCACAAAACGCCCACGAAGCUGUGAAAAUGACGAAUGGCUACAAACUGGACAAGCAGCACGUCUUCAAAGUGAACCACUUCUCCGAUUUUGAAAAAUACACUGAUAUCCCCGACGAGUGGGAACCCCCAGAUCCCAAACCUUACGAAGAUUUAGGCAAUUUGAGAAGCUUCCUCCAGAACAAGGACUGCUACGACCAGUUUAGCGUCAUAUACGGGGAAGGGGAGAAGACGGCCAUUUUCUUGAACAGCCUGGAGCCCUCGAAGGUGGAAGAGCGAGCUAGAUGGACGGAGACGUACGUGCGCUGGUCGCCACAGGGGACGUACCUGGCUACGUUUCACCAGAAGGGUAUAGCCCUGUGGGGAGGCCCCAAGUUCUCGCAGAUACAGAGGUUCGGGCACACCGGGGUACAGCUCAUCGACUUCUCUCCGUGUGAAAAAUACCUGGUGACGUUUAGCCCCCUCCACGACAGUCAGGAGGACCCCCAGGCCAUCAUCAUCUGGGACAUCCGGUCGGGGGUGAAGAAGAGAGGCUUCCACUGUGAGACACGCAGCACCUGGCCUAUAUUCAAGUGGAGUGCUGAUGGAAACUACUUUGCUAGACUGGGAGAAGAUGCAAUUAGUAUUUAUGAAACCCCCUCAUUUGGUCUCCUAGACAAGAAAAGUGUCAAGAUUGCAGCGGUCAGGGACUUCUCGUGGUCCCCCACGGACAACAUGAUCGCCUACUGGGUGCCGGAGCAGUCGAACACCCCGGCCCGUGUCACCCUCAUCGAGAUCCCCAGCAGGAAAGAGCCGGUGGUUCGCAACCUGUUCAACGUUGCCGACUGCAAGAUGCACUGGCAGAAGAACGGAGACUACCUCUGCGUCAAGGUUGACCGGUACAAGAAGAAGCUGGAUGACAAGGAGCAGCAAGUCAAAUACGGUGGUAUUUAUUACAACUUUGAGCUGUUCCGCAUCCGCGAAAAGCAGAUCCCCAUUGACAAGGUUGAAGUCAAAGAGGCAGUCCUUGCCUUUGCGUGGGAGCCAACAGGAAGCAAGUUUGCCUACAUUCACGGAGAAGCCCCGAGGAUAAACGUGACGUUCUACAACAUUCAACCCAAAGGAAAAGUGACUCUCAUGAAGACCCUGGAAAAGAGAUCUGCCAAUCAUUUGUUCUGGAGUCCCAACGGACAAUUCAUUGUGUUGGCCGGACUCAGGAGCAUGAACGGCGUACUGGAGUUUGUGGACACCCAGGACAUGACAGUGAUGUCCCAGACAGAGCACUUCAUGGCCACGGACGUCGAGUGGGACCCCACGGGCCGCUACGUCGUCUCUGCCGUCAGCUGGUGGGGCCACAAGGUGGACAACGGAUACUGGCUCUGGAACUUUCAGGGACUUCUGCAACACAAACAACCGCUGGAGAAGUUUUGCCAGCUGCAGUGGCGGCCCCGCCCGGCAUCACUCUUGGGUGAAAACAAGAUAAAGGAGAUCAAGAAGAACUUCAAGACUUGGGCUCAAAAGUUCGAAACUGAGGACAGCAUGAGAAAGAUGACAGCUUCCAAGGACAUGUUGGAGAAGAGACGAAAGUUGAUGGACGACUACAGGGAGUAUCGUGCCCGAAAGGAAGAAGAGUUUGCCGAAAGGAAGGAUAUUCGUCUGGAGCUCCGUGGAGGCAUCGACACGGACGAACUUCACAACCAGGGAGACAACUUCACCGAGGAAAUUAUUGAGUUUUUGGUCAAAGUGGAAGAAAAGAUCGUGGAAGAGUAAUCAGAAGCGCUGCCUCGAGACUUUCUAGAGAACAAAGGAAAA